CGCCGUACGACACUCGCCCGCCGCCGCUCGAGGCAGGGCAGGCACCAGCCAUUUCAAACGCCACGGCCCCACACUCACACCCACGCAUUCCGAAUCCUUGGAAUCCCAAAUCCAAAUCGCACCCAAAAGAGGCCUUCGACCCCGUCUCGAUUCAAAUCAAACGAGCCUGCUGCGCCUGCGCCUCCACGACGACCACCUCCGCUCCCUCACCCGCGCUCGCCGCCGCCGGGGCGGCGAUGGAAACCCUAAUGGCGGACCGCGUCCACAGCAGCCUCCGCCUCUUCAUGCACCGCAACGCCGUCUUCCUCUGCGAGCGCCUCUGCGCGCAGUUCCCCUCCGAGACUAAUGUGCAGUUGCUAGCAACUUGUUACCUCCACAACAACCAGCCAUAUGCAGCAUACCACAUUCUGAAAGGAAAGAAGCUGCCAGAGUCCCGGUACUUGUUUGCUCUAUCAUGCUUCCGAAUGAACCUCUUGCGUGAAGCAGAAGAAACUCUGUGUCCGGUCAAUGAACCAAAUGUUGAGGUUCCUAGUGGAGCAACGGGACACUACCUUCUUGGAGUAAUUUACAGGUGCACGGGCAGAAUAUCAGCUGCAGCUGAACAAUUUACACAAUCUUUAACUCUAGAUCCUCUUUUAUGGGCAGCAUAUGAAGAAUUGUGUAUACUAGGCAUUGCUGAAGGUGCAGAUGAAUGUUUUAGCGAAGCAACUGCUCUACGUCUCCAGCAGGAACACACAUCCACAUCAAGUCUGGAAAAGUUAAACUUUGUCAAUGGGAAUCGAGUUCUAUCUUCCAGUGUGUCCGCAAGCCUCGAGGACAGUAGCCCCAAGCAAACCAAACAGCUUCAUGCGAACAACACAGCAGAAGUACCUGCUUAUCCUCAUGUAAGAGCAACUGCAUUGCAUGUGCAGAACAGCGUAUCCUCUAAUGUAGCACAGUUUGACACCCCAUCACCAACUGCAACACAGAAUUCUAGCCUUGUACCACCACCACUCUUUAGGAACUUCCAGGCUUAUCAGAAUACAAUAAGUGGUGAUAUUCCUGCCAAACAAAAGGCUAAUGCAGGGAACCAACCACUCAGAAGAAAAUACUUGGAUGAAGCAAGGCUAAAGAAGGUUUCUGGAAGGCUGUUUAAUCAGAGUAUUGAUUCAGUACCUCGAAGAAGUGCAAGACUUUCUCGAGAUACUACAGUAAAUUCGAAUUCAAAUAUCUCUCAGUUUGGAGGGAAUGGAACCGAUCACUCAUCAGGUAAAUUGCGAGUAAACUCGUCCACACCAUCAAAAUUGUGUUCAGCAGCCGUACAUUCCGUGCAAGUUAGGAAAGGAAAAUCAUGGGCUACAGAAAAUUUUGAUGAAGGAAGCAGAUACAAAGUUGUCGAUGAAAUGUGCACAGAUAAUAUAUCAGCAACCUCAUCUUCUGCAAGUAUAGCUGAUGGAAGAUGCUUCGAGCAAGAUAAAGCUGAACGAAUUCUGUUGCGUGAAUCCUAUUUGGCAGUUGGUAUCAGGGAGCUAUUGGGACUUUUGCGAACACUUGGGGAAGGUUUUAGGCUUUCUUGCUUGUUUAAAUGCCAGGAAGCAUUGGAAGUCUACCGAAAACUGCCAGAGCCACAAUUUAAUACGGGAUGGGUUCUAUGCCAGGUUGGUAAGGCUUAUUUUGAAUUGGUCGAUUAUUUAGAAGCUGAUCAUUACUUUGAGUUAGCGCAUCGACUGUCGCCAUGUACGCUAGAGGGAAUGGACAUAUACUCCACUGUUCUCUAUCAUUUGAAUGAGGAAAUGAGACUAAGCUACCUUGCCCAAGAGCUUAUCUCCAUUGAUCGACUAUCUCCUCAAGCAUGGUGUGCGGUGGGGAAUUGCUUUGCCUUGAGGAAAGAUCAUGAGACUGCUUUGAAGAAUUUCCAACGUGCUGUACAGCUUGACUCAAGAUUUGUAUACGCUCACACUCUAUGUGGCCACGAGUAUUCUGCAUUGGAGGAUUAUGAGAAUAGUAUUAAGUUCUACCGAUGUGCACUUCAGGUGGAUGAAAGGCACUACAAUGCCUGGUAUGGCCUCGGGGUGGUGUAUCUUCGCCAGGAAAAGUUUGAAUUUGCUGAGCAUCAUUUCAGAAGGGCAUUUCAGAUAAAUCCUCGCUCUUCUGUUCUUAUGUGCUAUCUUGGGAUGGCCUUGCAUGCUCUAAAGAGGAAUGAGGAUGCAUUGGAAAUGAUGGAGAAAGCUAUAUUUGCCGAUAAGAAGAAUCCACUACCCAAGUAUCAGAAGGCUUUAAUCCUUCUAGGCCUUCAAAAAUAUCCGGAAGCUCUGGAUGAGUUGGAGCGGCUGAAGGAGAUUGCUCCUCAUGAGAGUAGUAUGUAUGCACUGAUGGGGAAGAUCUACAAGCAACUCAAUAUUCUUGACAAAGCUGUUUUUUGCUUUGGCAUUGCCCUGGAUUUGAAACCUCCUGCUGCUGACCUUGCUGUAAUUAAGUCUGCAAUGGAGAAAGUACACCUUCCAGAUGAACUGAUGGAGGAUGACCUUUAAAUGCACUCUAAGCACUGUGACAAAGGAACAUUUACUUGUGUCUAUGAUGGCCUGCUUGUGCUUCAAGAGUUCCUGGCCUGCUUGUGCUUCAAGAGUGGAACUCGGAUGUUCAAGGAAGAAAGCGCUUCAUGCUGAUCAGAAGCUGCUCCGAUUGAUUCGCUCAGGGCGUUACUGACCAUCCAGUUUUGUAGCUUUAGUUGUAACCUGUAAUCAGAGAGUACAUGCACAGCAGCUGCAGUAGUUUAGAACUGUGUACAAGUUGGCAGUGAGGCCUGUAUCAUCAUUGUACAAUUGUCAGAAUGGUAAAUAAAUCAUUAUCAAAUAACAGAAAUUAUCG